AUGGCGGGAAGACGCCUGAGCCUGCUCAGGCCCUUUCGGAAGAAGAAGAAGGAAGGCCCUGGAGCUGCCCCAUUCCAGCACCCGGAGAAGAUGGAGCAGUCCCAGCCCCUGCAGGAAGAUCCAGGACAGGACCAGACACAAGAACAGGACCGUGCCCGUGGCCGCUUCCGCAGGGCAGCACAGGCCUUUCUGAAAUUCUUGGGCAUUCGGCGCAAAAGGACCACAACCAGACCGACUGAGGUCAUGGCACAGCCUGACCCCAGCCCGACUGAGCUCGAGGCAGACCCUGAUGUCACCACCGCACUGACUGAGGGCACAGGAAACUGUGAUACCCCGACGAUUGUUCACAUGACCAAGUCUGACCCUGCUUUGACUGAUGCCACAACAGACCCUGACACCCCAUCCAUCGAUCGCACUGCAAUCCCUGACAUCCUGUUGAGCGAUGAACCCACAAACUCUGGCCCUGCACCGCCCAAUCUCACUGCGGAGGCCGACACUGCAAUGACCGAGGGCACUGCAGACACUGACCUCGUGCCCAGGGAGAGUGUGAAUUAUGCUCCCACUCCAGAUAUUUUUGAGGUGAAUGGUGUCUCCAGUCCAGAGCAAGUGCCAGCCUUCGUCAGGACCGUGCACCAGAGACUGACAGCCAACGCCACUCCAGAAGAGAAGCUACUGAUGGAGUUUCUGAGGGUGACUGAUGAACACCCUGCUGAUGUUGUGUUCACCCUCCUGCGCUGUGCCCCAUCGUGUGACAGAGCUGCUGCAACCCUGUGGAAGACCAUCGCCUCAUCGGGAAGGACAGUGGCGAAGGUGCUGCCACAGCUGCUCCCCGUGAUGGAGGACUGGCCACUGCACAGCACGUCCACCUCCGACGGGGACAAAACACAUGUCUUUGCCCUGGCUGCAAUCAGGGUGAUUUGGGAGAUCCUCCAGGCGCUCCAGUGCCCAGAGCCAUUGAAAAAGCAUUCCCCCCGUCUCCUCGUGGAUCUGCUCUUCCAGAUUUCCAUCAGCCCAGAGCAGACUCCAGAGGAAGUUGACACCUUGUGGAGGGAAUGUCAGAAGCAAUACAACCUUCCAACAGACUCCAAGAGGUUUGCAGUGCUGACCCUGAAGGCCCUGCUUUGCCAUCUGGAGUGUGAAGAUGUUGUGCUUUCAAUGGAACGGAAGCGCGGCUGGGACACACUCCUCAGUGCUGACACCCACCACAAUGCAGUGGGUCUGCUGGCCAGGUGAGACCCCCUUGUCCCCGCUGCCCCUGUCCUUUCUGCCUGUGCACGGGGCACCCCACACAGUGCCCGUGGUCGUGGGCCAGAGGGCCUUGUCACCCAGGGAUGGCCGAGCAGAGUGGCAAAGGCUGGGAGAGGCGGGUGCACAGGAGGAGCCGCCUCCCAGAGCGCCCUCGUCCCCUCCCAAACUGGUGGGGAAAGACCAGGACUCUGUCAGUGACUCCCGGGAGAG